AGUGCGUAGGGAACUAUUUGGGACACACCCGCUGUCUCUACGUGUGACUUGAUAUCCCUCCGCCUGGCCUCGACGUCACUUCAAGUUGCGGCUAUUAGAGGCAAUGCUAGCUCUCUGCUGUCUGCUUUAGCUUUAGUUUAGCAUGUUAUUAUUAGUUGAAUAAAUGACCGCGGUAUACCGGUUAUCACCCGCGAUCAUCGAGCUUUAUUUAUACGGUUCGGCGGAGGAAAUGUCAGCGCGGUUAUUUAAUCUCUGAGGCCUCGCCGCUUUUUCCAGGUUAGCUUAGUUUAGCUUGGUUAGCUUAGCUGCUUUGCUAAAGGUGUGAACAUUUCGACAGCUGGAGGAAAACACAACACGUGACGAUGAAUGGCCUGUCCGUCGGCGAGCUCUGCGGUCUCUUCUGCUGCCCGCCGUGCCCGAGCCGCAUCGCCGCUAAGCUCGCCUUCCUGCCACCCGAGCCCACGUACGCCCUCCUCCCGGACUCGGAGACGGGCACGGUGCCCACCGGUUCCUCUUCGGCGCCCGGUCUGCGCUCCCGAGUAGGUGGAGCUCCCGCCGGGGCCGGAGGAGGCGGCGGCGGCGGCGGAGGAGGAGGAGGGGGAGGAGGAGGGGGAGGAGAGGGGCGCUGGAAGCUCCAGCUCACCGAACGAGCCGAAUUUCAAUAUUCUCAGAGGGAGCUCGAUGCCACCGAAGUGUUCCUGACGUGCUCGGUACGAGGGAACCGCGUGGGCUGCAUGUACAUACGCUGCGCUCCCACGGCAAGGUUCACCGUGCUCUUUUCCCACGGUAACGCCGUGGACCUGGGGCAGAUGAGCAGUUUCUACAUCGGCCUGGGGACCCGGAUCAACUGCAACAUUUUCUCCUACGACUACUCGGGCUACGGCGUGAGCACCGGCAAACCGUCCGAGAAGAACCUGUACGCGGACAUCGACGCGGCGUGGCAGGCCCUACGCACGCGGUACGGCAUCAGCCCGGAGAACAUCAUCCUGUACGGGCAGAGCAUCGGCACGGUGCCCACGGUGGACCUGGCGUCACGGUACGAGUGCGCGGCCGUAAUACUGCACUCGCCCCUCACCUCGGGGAUGAGAGUCGCCUUCCCUGAUACCAAGAAGACCUACUGCUUCGAUGCUUUCCCCAAUAUAGAGAAGGUGUCCAAGAUCACGUCCCCGGUGUUGAUCAUCCACGGGACGGAGGACGAGGUGAUCGACUUCUCUCACGGCCUGGCCCUGUACGAGCGCUGCCCCAAAGCCGUCGAGCCCCUCUGGGUGGAGGGAGCCGGACACAACGACAUCGAGCUGUACAGCCAGUACCUGGAGCGUCUGCGCAGGUUUAUCGGCCAAGAACUGGCAACCCAGCACACCUGAGGACCUCGAGCGCUCACCUCUGUUUAUCUUUCUCUUCCUCUCUCCAUUAUACGUUAUUUUUCUUUCUUUCUGUGGCCGCUGUUACACUAGCUGAGGGUUCCUGGCUGAUCUUUAGAGACGAUUUGUUGUUUACGUAUCCCGAUUCAUUUAUUAAUUUAUUCACAAUCCGCCCAGACGUCGUCUUACGUCCAGUAUCACACGUACUGACCUGCUUUUCUCCUCGACUCCUCAGGCAGCUACAAAUUGGACGUAAAAAGAAGCAUUUUGAUUUUUUAAAAGCUGUAAAAUCUCUCAAAUGUUUAUUUAUUAUAAGGGCUAACAAAUAAGAAAAAAUAUUUAAGCUGUUCUAAAAUAAUUACAGAAUUUAAUCUCUGAAAUGCAGUUUUUUGACUUUUCUAGCUCGACUGUGACGUUUUUAAGCACUGCCGAAAACCUGGAGCGUGCACGAGCGAUGUCCAGCGAUUUCGGAGCCACUCAGAACCUCCUCGUGUAAUAAACUGUGAACGUUCUGAGCUGGGAAUCUUACCAGUUGGGAGGUUUUUGGCUCCGAAAAAUUGCUGUACACCUGUAGGGGGCGUUAGAGUGUAUGUCUGGCAAUUCCACAGAUUUCUGCAGCCGUUCUUUUACUGUGGCUGAAUAAAUGGAACACGCAUUAAAAUUAUUAUUAUUAUUAUUUUUUUAAACGUAAUAUGACACGAUCUGCCGCGUCUGAAACAUACACACAUCAGCAUCAACUAUUUAAUCCCAUGGUGAUGAAGCUUGCUCGACUGUGGACAGGGACUCCUGCACCCCAGCAGCUUUUAAUCCCAUGGUGAUGAAGCUUGCUCGACUGUGGACAGGGACUCCUGCACCCCAGCAGCUCUUAAUCCCAUGGUGAUGAAGCUUGCUCGGCCGUGGACAGGGACUCCUGCACCCCAGCAGCUCUUAAUCCCAUGGUGAUGAAGCUUGCUCGGCCGUGGACAGGGACUCCUGCACCCCAGCAGCUCUUAAUCCCAUGGUGAUGAAGCUUGCUCGGCCGUGGACAGGGACUCUUGCCCCCCAGCAGCUGUUAAUCCCAUGGUGAUGAAGCUUGCUCGGCCGUGGACAGGGACUCCUGCCCCCCAGCAGCUGUUAAUCCCAUGGUGAUGAAGCUUGCUCGGCCGUGGACAGGGACUCCUGCCCCCCAGCAGCUCUUAAUCCCAUGGUGAUGAAGCUUGCUCGGCCGUGGACAGGGACUCCUGCACCCCGGCAGCCUGUGAUUCAUACCCAGCGGUUGUAUUUGGCCCGACCCCCACUCCGUGUUGUUUAAUAAUGGGUGCACUCAAGCUAACCCUAUUUAUAUGGGCACAGAGACGUCAGCAGCUGUAGUCGGACGAUUGAAGGACGUUCUACGUCACCGAACGAAUCGUCUGAGCUGCUGUGUGUAUGUUUUGACACUGCAGAUUUUCGGUUUGGGUUCGAGUGCUUCACACACACACACACACACACACACACACACGGUCGUGGAAAUGUCCCUUACGAGUGUGUGAGAACAUUAGGCAGCUAUACAGCUAGUGUAACACUGGCCUUUUCAUCUCACACUCCUCUCCUGGAGCUUUCUUUUUCCACCUCUUUCUUUUUCCCCACCUAUUUGUUUUACCACCUCUUUCCAUCCCUCCAGCGAGAGUGAGAUAAUAAACCGGGCGUGUCCGUA